UUCGUUUAUUUCUCGAAUGACCCGUGCUCCCGUGAGCCGGUGUAAUUUUUUAUCAACGGUCCGUUCCGAGAUUUAAUCUAUUCCGUGCUUGCAGCGACGGCCGUUAUUGGUGAAGUACUAAAGCGUCGGUGUAAUGUCGCGGAACCGGGUAAGGGUGCUGGUGGGGAAUGUUGUCGACGCUUGACCCGCACGUACGAGUGUGCGCGGGAUAACCGCGCGCGGUCACGUGCGCGAUUUAUUACGGUACCGCUGUAACCUCACAAUCGCAAACGGUUUCGCUCGCGUCGUCGACCCUCCGGACCGCACAGUCGUGCUCGCCACGCCGAACCCUUCGUCACGUCCUCGUUUGCGGUCCGUCGUUCGUACGCGUUCCACCCGCCAAUCGGACACCAGUGCCAGCGAGAUGUCCGUCCACGACCGGUACCGCCGCGUCUACAUCGACGACGAACUGUCCGCGUACGAACGGGCCAGAUUGAAAAACAUCAAGGACAUAUACGAACAGUUUGGUGAGUUAUUUGAAAAUGUUCAGAAGUCUGCUGAAGUGUUGCAAACAGCAACAAAAAGUACUUCGGCACCAGUAAAAUCUGAAGUGAAGACCAACGGUAGAGUUCAUAACCGAAAUUGGCAACGAUUCAAAUUAGGCUCUAAACCAAAAUUACUAUUAAAUGAUAGUGUUCGCCAAUCAUCUAGACUGGGUUGUAAAAGAAAACCAAUAAAAUAUAAUGACUUAAGUGAUAAUGAUGAUGAACCAAAAAAAAAGAAAAGAACUUCUUCAAAAAAAAUUUGUAAAGGAAGAAAAAUAUUGUUAGUAUCAGACGUGACACAAGAAAUGCUUAAUAAUAUUGCAUAUAAAACAUCAGGAAAAAUUCUAAGCGAUAAUGGUACUACGUGUCAUCAGUGCAGGCAGAAAACUUUGGAUCAAAAAUCAUGCUGUAGAAACAAGUUAUGUGUUGGUGUUCGUGGAAUGUUUUGCGGGUUCUGUCUAGGAAAUCGUUAUGGUGAAGAUGUUGCUGAUGUUUUACAAAAUCCAAAUUGGACUUGUCCUGUUUGUCGCAAUGACUGUAAUUGUAGUAUAUGCAGACGUAAACGAGGUCAAGGACCAACUGGACCAAUGGUGCAACUAGCUACUGCUUAUGGAUACAAGUCUGUUAAGCAUUAUUUAUAUGAGAAGGAAAAUAAGUUUAGUGAAAACCUUGUAUCUGAGAAUGUUAACUUAAAUGACUUUAAUCCAGUUGAGCAAGGGUUUACUGAUGACAUUAAAUCAGGAAAUCAAAUUCCCUAUGAACAGUUAGACAAACUUAUAAACAAUGAUUUUGUCGAGGUAAAAAUAAAACAAGACUCUCCUGAAAUGAUUCUUAACAGAUUGUAUCAGGAGCUUUAUUCAAAAGAGGACGAUUUUGAAGAAUUUGAACUUCAUUAAAACAUUGUUAUUUUUACAAAAAAAAAAAAAAAAA